GGGCGCCGCUUGGCGACGCCGGGAGGGGGCACCGCCCGCAGCUCCGCCGCAGCCCCGCCAUGGCGUACGGUGGCCUGACGGUGCCCAUCAUCGUCAUGACCGUUUUCUGGGGGGUGGUCGGCGGCGUCCUGCCGUGGCUCGUGCCCAAGGGGCCCAACCGCGGUGUUAUCAACACAAUGCUGGUGACGUGUGCCGUUUGCUGCUACCUGUUUUGGCUGAUUGCGAUUCUGGCUCAGCUCAACCCCCUCUUUGGGCCGCAGCUGAGCAAUGAAACCAUCUGGUACCUUAAAGUUCACUGGCCUUAAGGAUGGCAGUCCCCGGCUGCGCUGCACUGCACUGACUAGGUAAAGAAGAGAUUUCCUUCAGAUGAAAAACCUCCACAGAUCCAAAGAUGCCCUUAACAUAUCUGGUUGGAUACCAGUCCUGCAUUAAUGCCUUAACGCAUGUGUUGUGCUUCAAAUGGCUUGUUGAAAGCCCUCUAUUUUUCCUACUUUGCUAUCUAACAGUGUGCCUAAUCUAACUCCUCUUCAGUACUGUACGUUUUUUACCUGUUAACUUCAGGUAUGAUUAAAGUUUCUAAAGUUUUUACGGGAACGUAGCCAGCUUCCCUGUGCACUUUACUCGCUCUGUAGGAACGCUGUAUCCCAGAGGUUUGUCUGCAGCCGUUCAUUCCUGUUCUGUUUGACUGCACUUGAAAAGAAAUGUCUUUAAAAGAAACGAAACUGUAUGAGGAGAGAGAAACAAUGCUGCCACAUGUUGAUGGCAUUUCUUUUUUAAAAGGAGUUGUGGUUUUGGGAAAUCUGGUCUGAAAUUUCUCAUACCGGGAAAUAAAACGAAUCCUCUGCUUUAUAUGGAA